CCGUGCAUUAUCUCACUUUGUACAACCGCUUUGUGGAGCAGACGGUAUCGACAUACCACUGAGCAGAAGGGAGCCCCGUUUUCUUUAAACCUGUAUACAUUUAUACAGAUCUUACGAGUAACCAAGUGGGAUACGAACCGGGACUGGAGGACUCCAGAACACGCUUUGGCUAGCCGCUACCACGAGCCUAGCAAGAGCAAGAGGUUUGUUCUGGUUACUACCGCAGUGGUGGAACUCGCGCGUGAGUCACGACCUAGAGUGCUUCACAGCCAACGGUGCAGAUUACAGGGGAACACAGAGCUGGACAGCGCUGCAAGGUGGGAAGCCAUGUCUGUUCUGGAACGAGACUUUCCAGCAUCCGUACAACACGCUGAAGUACCCCAACGGGGAAGGAGGACUGGGCGAGCACAAUUAUUGCAGAAAUCCAGAUGGAGACGUGAGCCCUUGGUGCUACGUGGCCGAGCAUGAGGACGGAGUCUACUGGAAGUACUGUGAAAUUCCUGCCUGCCAGAUGCCUGGAAACCUUGGCUGCUACAAGGAUCAUGGAAACCCACCUCCUCUCACGGGCACCAGUAAAACCUCUAACAAGCUCACCAUACAAACCUGUAUCAGCUUCUGUCGGAGUCAGAGAUUCAAGUUUGCUGGGAUGGAGUCAGGCUAUGCCUGCUUCUGUGGGAACAAUCCUGACUACUGGAAGCACGGGGAGGCGGCCAGCACCGAGUGCAAUAGUGUCUGCUUCGGGGACCACACGCAGCCCUGCGGUGGGGACGGCAGGAUUAUCCUCUUUGACACUCUCGUGGGCGCCUGCGGUGGGAACUACUCAGCCAUGGCAGCCGUGGUGUACUCCCCUGACUUCCCUGACACCUACGCCACUGGCAGAGUCUGCUACUGGACCAUCCGGGUUCCAGGAGCCUCUCGCAUCCAUUUCAACUUCACCCUGUUUGAUAUCAGGGACUCUGCAGACAUGGUGGAGCUGCUGGACGGCUACACCCACCGCGUCCUGGUCCGGCUCAGUGGGAGGAGCCGCCCGCCUCUGUCUUUCAAUGUCUCUCUGGAUUUUGUCAUUUUGUAUUUCUUCUCUGAUCGCAUCAAUCAGGCCCAGGGAUUUGCUGUGUUGUACCAAGCCACCAAGGAGGAACCGCCACAGGAGAGACCUGCUGUCAACCAGACCCUGGCAGAGGUGAUCACCGAGCAAGCCAACCUCAGUGUCAGCGCUGCCCACUCCUCCAAAGUCCUCUAUGUCAUCACCCCCAGCCCCAGCCACCCUCCGCAGACUGCCCCAGGUAGCCAUUCCUGGGCACCGUCAGUUGGGGCCAACAGCCACAGAGUGGAAGGAUGGACUGUGUACGGCCUGGCGACCCUCCUCAUCCUCACAGUCACAGCAGUUGUCGCAAAGAUUCUUCUGCAUGUCACAUUUAAAUCUCAUCGAGUCCCUGCAUCAGGAGACCUUAGGGACUGUCGUCAGCCUGGGGCUUCUGGAGAUAUCUGGACCAUUUUCUAUGAACCUUCCACUACAAUCUCCAUCUUUAAGAAGAAGCUCAAGGGUCAGAGUCAACAAGAUGACCGCAAUCCCCUCGUGAGUGACUGAAGCCCACGCCUGCAUGAGAGGCUCCGCUCCAAGCUCGAGUUUGCUCCCCUGAGUUCUCCUCUGAUGAGUUCCCUGCCUUCCCAUUCACCACCAUCUCUUUUGGGAGCACCCUGCUUUAGAGGCAGCCCAGCCUGGGAUCCUCCAUCACAUGUACCAGCCUGGCUGCUCUGCUGGGGAUGGUAAGACAGGCCCAGGCUGACAGGACACAGCUGGACCUGACUCCAGAAGACUCUUGGGUGGUGGGGAGGUAUAGUGUAGGAUGAGUUUUCUUGCUUCUUCUCUGUUUUGUCCACAUACAGAUCGGUUUCCCCUGUCUUUACAGUUUGCAAUAGAGCCAGACUGAAAGAACUGUCAGGUUUUCUAGGCUGGCCUGGUUCCCCACUAAGAGUGGCAUUGGCGCCCUAGAGGCCCAGAGGCCCAGUGUAGGCUUGGAGCUUUCUCUGCUGCCAACUACCAUGUGUCAUCUAGUCCGAGGGGACUGAGAGCAGGGCCACACCAGAUGUCAUCUUUCUAGAGGGUUCUUUUUAGUACCCACUGACCAAUGGGGCAAGCCUGAGGAUUGGUCCAUCUGUUUGUCCAUGGAACAGACACAGUGAACUUCCUGGAUACUAGACUUAACUAGCCUAGCCCUCAAGUAGUUGCCAAUCCUGUGGAAUCAGAAUUCAGCCUGUCUUCCUGUCCUCAGCCCAAGCCUGUAGCCUAGAGCUGGGGCUGUAGCCUAGAGCUGGGGCUGUAGCCUAGAGCUGGGGCUGUAGCACAGAGCUGGGGCUGUAGCCUAGAGCUGGGGCUGUAGCACAGAGCUGGGGCUGUAGCCUAGAGCUGGGGCUGUAGCACAGAGCUGGGGCUGUAGCACAGAGCUGGGGCUGUAGCCUAGAGCUGGGGCUGUAGCACAGAGCUGGGGCUGUAACUCAGCGAUCAAGAGCUUGCUUUGUAUACAUCGGACCCUAGGUUCUAUCCCAGCACUAUCAGAAGGUGGGAGAGAAAAAGACUGCACCAUAGCAUGCGGGCAGCAUCUGUGGUUCCUACGUGAGGUGUCAUCAUUUUAAAAGCAGAUCAAAACUACCGCGAGUUUUGUCCUUUGUCCCUUAUCAUGGGAGCAGAGUAGGAGUAAGGGCUCUGGUCUUGCUCAUUGUCCCCCAGACAGGGAGGCAGGAAAAGGUCAGGCUUGGGAACUGGAGAUCCUCCCAGGAAAAGCUGCAAGAUUGAGAGACCCAGCUGCAGUUGGGAGAGGAAGGGCCAUCCCCGACUGAGAAGUCCUGCAGUCUGGAAGUGGCCUUUGUCAGCAGCAGCUGUGCCCUGAAGGUAGACCUUGGUCACUCUCCUGCCAGCCCUUGAGCCUCUGCUCUCCUGGGUACCCUCCUGGAACACCAUGCUAACCUUCCCCGAGUCUCUCAGUCACUGCCAUUGAGGCCUCUCCUCUAGCUGCUGCUCCCCAGGACUGUCUGGGGCCAUCUGGGGAUCAGGGAGAGGCAGCAGGAGUACUGACGAGGCAGUGACCUGAGCUGAUGAGUCAACCAGAGGACACCAGAGUCUACAGUGGGCUGGCUGCUGGCUCAGCUCCUAUGGGAGGCCUACAGGGGUACUAAGCUAGGGGGUCAUCAUCUCAUUUGAUCUGGGAAAGGCUACAGGCUCCUGGAUGUGAAGACAGGCCCACUACAUAAGAAGACCACUGGAAAUAGACUGACAGGAGCAGGUUCCACUCUAGGCUGUCCAUAGCGUUUGCAGGACUCCCCUGAGACCAAGUGUUGAGUCACAGAGUGCCAUGUGCGUAGUGCAUAAAGGAUAUGGGUUCUUAACCAGGGAAGGCUCAUAGCAGGCCAGGACAUUUUUUCAGCUCAGAGCACUGGCCCCAGGCUUCCUCUAAGCCACCACUCACCUGUCUCUUCCUAUCUCGGACACAGGAAGCAAGCCCCAGUGUGGUGGCAGCUGCGGCUCAGCAUUGGUGUCCCCAGGAAGGGCGGUGGAUGUGCCCACGCUCCUUUUGCUGUGGGCCUGGCACAGCCCAACACUGCAGGGCCCACCUUCUCUCUUGGGGGGUAGGGACACAUAAGGAAAACUAACCCACCUCCAACAACAGCAGAGGACAGUGGGAAGGAAGGGCUGUAAAUCACCCAGGCCAGACCUCCAGAAAUGACAGGCACAGUCUGUUAGAACCUGUAGGCAGCCAGUCACAGAGGGCCUUUGUGCUGGUAACACCCUGCCUGGAGCAUAGGGGUAAGCCGAGGGAGAAGAGCAGCCCUCAGAGACAUCAGCUAAAAACAUAGGUGCCCUAUGUCCCUCCCUUCCUGUCACACUGCUUACAAAGCAGAGACAGAGUAGGAAAGAGGUCUUCAUCCUCUCCCACAUCAGCAAGGAUAGGGCUGCGGCUGCCUAAAGUGAGCAAGGAGAACAGAGCUCUGGACUUCUCUAAAUGUGGGCUCUGGCUUCAGACUCCUCAGCCAAAAGCUCUUGAAGAUCAAAGCUCUGGCGGGUACAGCUGUCCUGGCCUGUGGGCCAGCCCAUGGGAUGUGCCUGGGCCAGGUGCCACCCCACGGCUCACUGUCAUCCCAGGAGGGACCCCACCUGAUGCUCCUCAUCAUCCGCUGGCCUGACACUAUCAGAGCUCGCGCCGGCUGUUGCCAGGGACAGACUGACUACACUUGACCUUCAAGAGCACUUAGAAGUGGAUGGCCUCCAGACUCUGUCAGCCUCUGCAGGGGCCACACAAGUCUCCCGAGCCAAGUCCACAAGCCUCCAUGGUUCCCUGGCUCCUCUCCUGUGGAGUGUCCUGUUUGAUGUCUGAGGUCUGCUUUGGGUACCGCCCUGGGAACUGCUAACCUCCGAUUGGUCCCUUUGUGUCUCUGUUUACUGUCCUCUUCUACCUCCAGGUCACUUAGCUCUGGCUGCUCUGGCUGGGAGUGGGGGGUGGGGAUGCUGGCUGCACCCCCACCCUGGUCUGCCAACAGAACCUGGGGGCCUCACACGGGCUCCUGUCUUGCCAAGCUGGAGCUGAGCACACUGGCCCAGGCUGAGUGGGGCAGAGCAAACAAGUGGAAGGGGAUCUCUCACCUUAGAGGGAGGUGGCCGAAGGUGUAGAUCCAGCGAGGGAGCUGCCAUCCCCGCCACCUUCAUAGCAGCAAGACCUUCCCAUUUCCAAUCUCACCCUCCAGCAGGGAUAUGACUUUGGACAACAAGGCUUUAUUUGUAAAUAUGCUCUUAAUAUGCAACUUUGAGAAUAAGAUAGAAACAUCAUGUAUUUUAAAAUAUAAAAUGAAGUGUGACACACUGUAUACAAUUUAAUAUAUAUUUUUAGGAUUUUGUUAUUUAAGAAAAUGGAAUGUGAUGGUACUUAACUUUUACAAAAGAGAGAAAAUGUUAUUUUUACUGUUUGAAGAAAAUAAAUAUUCUCAUUGUUGUAGAAAC